AUGGCUGAGGCUACCAGCAGAGCUAGCCCUUGGGCCAAGGUGCUCCCUGACUCUGCCACUUUAGUCUCUAGCUCAAGCAUGGCUUCAUUAAACUGCACAGGAUUCCUCGCCAGCCCAGACUCUGCCACCAACCUGAAUGGCCUCACAAACAACCUGUUCAGCACGCUCAACACCAAAGCAUCCCCAGCAACCAACCAGGCACCUGGCCCAGAGGAAACCAGGAAAGCUGGCAAUGCCAAGAAGGCAGAGGAGGAGGAGACAGACUGUGAUCUGACUUAACCAGAAACGAAGGCUGCCCUUGCCAUGCAGGGCAGGUUCCAGAGAGUCUGCAAGAGGAAGAAAGGUCCCAGCUCCUGAAGAGCCAGUCUUGCCCUUUGCCCAGCUCCCUUCUCUCCCCUUCUCCACAGCUCUGACCCCUAUGUACCUCCGUCCCUCUAGCUUCUCCCUGAGGCAAAUUCAACCCUUAUGCAUUGUUUAUUUUCUCUGGCUCCUUCAAGCCACUGCAGCUAAAGGAACGUGGGAAAGAUGAAGAAUCUGAUAGGCAGCCCCUUGCCUACGGGUGGACCUGGAAAAGGGCUCCUUAAUGGGUCCCUAUACCUGCCUUAUGAGGGUGGCAAGAUGCCAGCGCUGAGGUUGAGAGGGACCCAGACAAUGCGGAAGGGAGGGGAAAGCCCUCAGGGGAAGGGGCCCAAGGACGGGGCACAGACACUGUUCUGCCAGGUGGGACAUUCACUCUUCAGGUUGCAUUAUCCCCCUUGGCCGCCUUCUCACCAGCACCUCAACUUCCCUCCUAGGAGCUAAGCCGCAGCGGGGUCUGGAACCUCCCUGCCCCCUAGACAUCCUCUAAAUCCAGCUGAACCCAUGUCCAUGCGUGCUGUGCAGACUCGUUCCAAGAAGGGAGAUGGGACUGGGAGAGACCAGGAAGUGAUUCCUUCAUCAUCUAGUCUAGCAUCACAAGGCGUGGGAGUGGAAGAGGUUCAGGGGGCCAUAAGCAGGGGAGUGGGAACUUGGGUAGGUGGGGAAAGCAGGAAAGAAAAAGGAAGUGUCUAAAGACACACGUCACCGCUGUGAAGGCACCUGUGUGAAAGAGUCUUGGGCUUUGCUAAGCUGCCUACCGCUAACCCCUCCAUCCAGCUGUCCCCAGAGGUCACACAAGCAACUGGCCACUUUAGUUUCCACCUGCCCCACUGUGGAGUCAGAGCAAAAGUGGAAGAGCCACGCUGUGGUUUUAGCAUGUUUAGUAGUUAUAGAAAUACUUUUAAAACCCUUGAAUGGGAUAAAUAAGUGAAUGUGGACUCAAAACGGAUUCUUCAAGUUUGUUUUUUUUUGGGGGGGGGGCUCUUUUUAAGGCAGAACCCAUGGCAUAUGGAUGUUUCCAGGCUAGGAACUCCUGGAUUCAACUUUUUAAGUUGUUUCUCGAUUUAUGUAAUUUUCAAUUUUUUUCUUCUUUGGCUGCCCCAAACCGUAUGGAGUUCCCAGGCCAAGGAUUAGAUUUG